GUUAUUUAUUUUAUUUACAUCUUAAUCACUCACCUUAUGCUACUAUAUUUUUAUUUAUACUUGUCAUAAAGAGUAAAAACCACCACCUCCUCCUCCUCUUCCCCACCAGAGCAUAUUCUCUCAAAUUCUGCAAGUCACAUAAUACACUUUUUUCAAGUUUCUUUCUUUCUUUCCUUUUCUCUCUUGAUUCAUCAACUAUGUCUUCUAUGCUUUGCUCACAAGGUGUGGUUCUUGCCACAGCCAUGGCUGUUUCCGGCACUGUAAUUCUCCUUGCCUUUCGCCUCCAAAAAUCUCUCCUUCCUUCUGGUCAAUUCCCUAUUGAUCUUCAUCACCGAAUUGCCCAGUCUUCACCACAAGCUCUAAGGUCUUGUAUCUCAUCAGAAGGGAAGAAGAAGGGGAAGAAGAAAAGAGUGCACUUUGCAGAGGAUGUGGUGGACCCAAGAGGGGAUGGACAGGAGUUUAGGAGGCAACAUGAAGCCAUUUUCCUUAGUCAAAACUCUUGUUCUUCUUCUUCAUCAACAUCAACAGAAUUCAAGAAAAAUGGUCAACAAAGAAGAAUGCCUGCAAACAGAGCUGCUCUCUACAAUGGGAUUCUUAGGGAUCGUGGGGUUCAAAGAUUGGCCUACUGUUGUUGAUUGACUCUUCUUGUGUAUAACACCUUGUGUUUCAUUUGUAAUUUCCUCUUUUUUUCCUGUCUUUCCACAUGAUUUUUUUUUUUUUACUUUUCUAGUUCUUACGAAUUUUGUCAAAAAUAGGAGGGGUGGGGGUGGGGGUCCACAAGGCUGGACCUGUUAUUGUUUCUGAUCAUGCUAAUUGGGUAUAUAGAGAGGAUCUUCAUGUGGAGAGGAGAGCAUUUUGUUUGUAGAUUUGAUGAGGGUAGUAAUCUCCUUGGAUUUUGUUCAUAAGAUUAAAAGGAAGUUUCAAGAAAA